GCGAGCGCUGGUUAGCGACGGCGCAGUCGCCGUGCGGGCGGCGGACGGGCGGGCGCUCCGCGGUUUGAAUGGCUGCGGGCCGGCUCCCUCAGUUCACCUGAGAACCCGCUGGCCAGGCAGGGCUCCGCGAUGCCGUCGGGAGGCGACCAGUCGCCGCCGCCGCUGCCACCGCCGCCGCCGCCGGUGGCAGCCGCCUCGGAGGAGGAGGAGGACGAGGACGACGGCGGCGGCGGCGGCGGCGAGGCGGAGGAGGACGCUGGGCAGCCGCCCCGCUCGCCGCCGGCGCCUCAGAUCCUGCAGCGCUUCGACGAGCUCUGCAGUCGCCUCAACAUGGACGAGACGGCGCGGGCCGAGGCCUGGGACAGCUACCGCGCCAUGAGCGAGAGCUACACGCUGGAGGGAAAUGAUCUUCAUUGGUUAGCAUGUGCCUUAUAUGUGGCUUGCAGAAAAUCUGUUCCAACUGUAAGCAAAGGAACAGUUGAAGGAAACUAUGUAUCUUUAACUAGAAUCCUUCGUUGUUCAGAACAGAGCUUAAUUGAAUUUUUUAACAAAAUGAAGAAAUGGGAAGACAUGGCAGAUCUACCCCCACAUUUUAGAGAGCGUACUGAGAGAUUAGAAAGAAACUUCACUGUUUCUGCUGUCAUUUUUAAGAAGUAUGAGCCAAUUUUUCAGGACAUUUUUAAGUAUCCUCAAGAAGAACAGCCUCGUCAACAAAGAGGAAGAAAACAAAGGCGGCAACCCUGUACAGUGACUGAAGUUUUCCAUUUCUGUUGGGUGCUUUUUAUAUAUGCAAAAGGCAAUUUUCCCAUGAUUAGUGAUGAUUUGGUCAAUUCUUACCACCUUCUGCUUUGUGCUUUGGACUUGGUUUAUGGAAAUGCUCUUCAGUGUUCCAAUCGUAAAGAACUUGUAAACCCUAACUUUAAAGGCUUUUCUGAAGAUUUUCAUCCGAAGGAUUCUAAACUUUACUCUGACCCACCUUGUGUCAUUGAGAAACUUUGUUCCUUACAUGAUGGCCUAGUUUUGGAAGCAAAGGGAAUAAAGGAACAUUUCUGGAAACCCUAUAUUAGGAAACUUUAUGAAAAAAAGCUCCUUAAGGGAAAAGAAGAAAAUCUGACUGGGUUUUUAGAACCUGGGAACUUUGGAGAGAGCUUUAAAGCCAUCAAUAAGGCCUAUGAGGAGUAUGUUUUAUCUGUUGGGAAUUUAGAUGAACGGAUAUUUCUUGGAGAGGAUGCUGAAGAGGAAAUUGGGACUCUCUCAAGGUGUCUGAACACUGGUUCAGGAACAGAGACUGCCGAAAGGGUGCAGAUGAAAAACAUCUUGCAGCAGCACUUUGACAAGUCUAAAGCACUUAGAAUCUCCACACCACUUACUGGCGUGAGGUACAUUAAGGAUAACAGCCCAUGUGUGACCCCCAUUCCUACAGCUACACAUAGCUUAAGUCGCCUUCACACCAUGCUGGCGGGCCUCAAAAAUGCACCAAGUGAGAAACUGGAACAGAUUUUAAGGACAUGUUCUAGAAAUCCAACCCAGGCUAUUGCCAAAAGACUGAGAGAAAUGUAUGAAAUAUAUUCUCAGCAUUCCCAGCCAGAUGAGGAUUUGGGUAAUUGUGCUAAAGAAAUUGCCAGCAGACAUUUUCGUUUUGCAGAGAUGCUUUACUAUAAAGUGUUGGAGUCCGUUAUUGAGCAGGAACAGAAGAGGUUGGGAGACAUGGAUUUAUCUGGCAUUCUAGAACAAGAUGCAUUCCAUAGAUCACUCUUGGCCUGCUGCCUUGAAGUCGUCACUUUUUCAUAUAAGCCUCCCGGGAAUUUUCCAUUUAUUACUGAAAUAUUUGAUGUGCCGCUUUAUCAUUUUUAUAAGGUGAUCGAAGUAUUCAUUAGAGCAGAAGAUGGCCUUUGUAGAGAGGUAGUAAAACACCUGAAUCAGAUUGAAGAACAGAUACUGGAUCAUUUGGCUUGGAAACCUGAUUCUCCACUCUGGGACAGAAUCAGAGACAAUGAGAACAGAGUGCCUACCUGCGAAGAGGUCAUGCCACCCCAGAAUCUGGAAAGAGCAGAUGAAAUUUGUAUAUCUGGCUCCCCUUUGACUCCCAGAAGAGUGAAUGAAAUACGCACUGAUUCUGGAGGACUUGGAAGAGGCAUAACAUCUCCAGCCACGUUAUAUGACAGAUACAGCUCCCCAACAGCCAGUUCUACCAGGAGACGUCUGUUUGCUGAUAAUGAUAGUCCCUCUGAUGGAGGGACAACUGGGCACAUCCCCCCGCAGCCCCUAGUCAAUGCUGUCCCUGUGCAGAAUGUAUCUGGGGAAGCGGUUUCUGUCACACCAGUUCCUGGACAGACUUUGGUUACCAUGGCAACAGCCACUGUCACAGCCAACAAUGGACAAACAGUGACCAUUCCUGUACAAGGUAUUGCCAAUGAGAAUGGAGGGAUAACAUUCUUCCCAGUCCAAGUCAACGUUGGGGGUCAGGCACAAGCUGUGACCAGCUCUAUCCAGCCCCUCAGUGCACAGGCCCUGACUGGAAGCCUAAGCUCGCAACAGGUGACUGGAACAACCUUGCAAGUCCCUGGCCAGGUGGCCAUUCAGCAGAUUUCUCCAGGUGGACAACAGCAGAAACAAGGCUCACCUUUAACCAUCACUCAUAUGAGACCCAGGAAGACCAGUUCUUUAUCACUUUUCUUUAGAAAGGUUUACCACUUAGCUGGUGUCCGCCUUCGGGAUCUUUGUGCUAAACUGGAUAUUUCCGAUGAACUGAGGAAAAAAAUCUGGACCUGCUUUGAAUUCUCCAUAAUUCAGUGUCCUGAACUUAUGAUGGAUAGACAUCUGGACCAGUUGUUGAUAUGUGCCAUUUAUGUGAUGGCAAAGGUGACAAAAGAAGACAAAUCCUUCCAUAAUAUUAUGCGUUGUUACAGGACUCAACCACAGGCUCGUAGCCAGGUCUAUAGAAGUGUUUUGAUAAAAGGGAAAAGGAAAAGAAGAAAUUCUGGAAGCAAUGAUAGCAGAAGCCAUGAGAAUUCUCCAACAGAACUAAACAAAGCUAGAACCAGCAGAGACUCCAGUCCUGUCAUGAGGUCAAGCAGCACCUUGCCUGUUCCACAGCCUGGCAGUGCCCCUCCCACACCUACUCACCUGACAGGUGCCAACAGUGACAUGGAGGAGGAGGAGAGGGGAGACCUCAUUCAGUUCUACAACAGCAUCUACUUAAAACAGAUUCAGGCGUUUGCCUUGAAGUACUCACAGGCAAAUGGAAUGGAUACUCCUCCACUCUCUCCCUAUCCGUUUAUAAGAACAGGUUCUCCUCGCCGAAUACAGUUGUCUCACAAUCAUCCAGUGUAUGUUUCUCCACAUAAAAAUGAAACAAUGCUUUCUCCUCGAGAAAAGAUUUUCUACUACUUCAGCAAUAGUCCUUCAAAGAGACUAAGAGAAAUUAACAGUAUGAUACGGACAGGAGAAACUCCAACCAAAAAGAGAGGGAUUCUUUUGGAAGAUGGAAGUGAAUCACCUGCAAAACGAAUUUGCCCAGAAAAUCAUUCUGCCUUACUGCGCCGUCUCCAAGAUGUAGCUAAUGACCGAGGUUCCCACUGAGGUUAGUCUGUUGUAUUGAAACUGUCUUUUCAUACUCUGUUUAGCAGCAUCAUUUAAUGCAUGCUAAGUUAUGGGGCUUCCCCCCCUUUAUCCUUCUAAUGUCCUUAGGAUAUUCUUACUCUUCCACCUGCCUUUUUUCUCCUAUCAUUUAGUGCUUUCCAUCAUGGAUUGUUUUAAUUUUUUUGGCAAAACUUUUUAUAUGUACUGCCAAGAAAACAUGUUCAGAUAUGUGUACGAGAGGUUUCUGAUAUGCUCCGGAGGAGGAACUGUAUUUCAAUUCAUUGCUACCUGGUUUUCUGAUGAGCUGUGGUGCUCAUAAAAAGCAAAGUAGGUAUUUUAUCCUCAAACAUUUCAUAGGAAUGCAAGACUUGCAUUUCUGAAACACAGGAGGGAGCCCAGAUAAGAGUCCCAGGGUCACUAGCCCCAAUUCCCUAUCCCUUUGUGUAAUUCUUUCCUCUCCGCAUUAGAUGUGGUACAAUGUGAUAAGUGCUUGAUUGUUAAGUGUGCAAUGUGUGAGUGAACUUGUAUAAGAAGAGGCACUUUAGGGCUGUCAUAAGCAUGAUUUUGUAACCCAGAUUUUGCUGUAUAUUUGCGAUGGCACUUUCUACAAUGUGAACUUUAUUAAGUACAAAUCUUCUAAGCUAAACUAUGUCUUCUUUAAUGCAUUUGUACUUUUUUAAGACUGUUAAAGCCCCAGUCGCCACCUUUGGGGCAUGUUUUAAAUUCUCCUGGUUUUUGUUAUGUUGGAUCAUCAGCUAAUAUUUUAAAUCAAGUUGAAUAAGGGAAUUAAUAUGAAAAAUUAUGACUUGUUCCUUUAGGAGAUAGCUAUCCAAAAAGACGUGUCUAUUAAGGUGAUAUUUAAAACUAUCUUUGGGUGUGUUCCUGACAGUUAAAAAAAUAGGUUGGCGCAUUUAGAUUUUUAGUACAUAGUACCAUUUAUACAAAUUAGAAAAUGUUAUUUAACAGCUAUUCAAUUAUCUACAUAUACAUUUAUUAAUCACUAUUCUAGCAGUUUUAAGGUUGGAUGAAUAAUUUUAUUAGGGAGAAAAUUCAAUUGUAAAUUGAAUCAAUAUAAACAAAGUUACUAGGUAACUUCAUAUUGCUCUGAAAUAUGGAACUUACACUGUUCAAUUAGAAUAGUGUUUCUGCAAAAAUAUUUAUAAAACUUCUCAAGAUACUGCUACUGUAAUUUUAUAUGAGAAUAAAUGUAUUUUUCAAUAAAGCAUUUAUAAAUUAA